CGUUCGGAAACAGCAUCACACACACAGCUCCCUCUCGGGUCCAUUCAGGAAGAGCAGUAUGUAGGCGACGGGACCAAGGAACCUCCCCUUCUGCUACCGCAUGCUGCCUAUCGGGAUGCAGAAACCAUCACAGAUGUGUGUAACAGCAUCGAGCUCCCUGAGGUGGAGAUCAUCAGCCUGUUGGAGGAGAAGCUCCCGGUGUACAAGCUGAGAGCCGACAGCGUGUUCGGAUAUGAGCAUGACGAUUGGCUGCACACUCCCCUCAUCUCUCCAGACACGCAAAUCGAGCUGACUGCCGAGCAGAUCGAGGAGACCCUCAACUACUUCUUGCUAUGUGCUGAACGAGUGGGCCAGAUGACUAAGACCUACAAUGACAUCGAUGCUGUCACCAGACUUCUGGAGGAGAAAGAACGGGACCUGGAGCUGGCUGCUCGGAUCGGCCAGUCCCUGCUGAAGAAGAACCGAACUUUAUCCGAGCAGAACGAGUAUCUGGAGGAACAAGUGGGGAACAUUACAGAGGAGGUGGCUCAGCUUCAUCAUGAACUAAAUCUAAAAGAUGAGCUUUUGCAGUUCUACACCAACACAGCCGAGGAGAGCGGGGAGGAUACCACGUCUCCAUCAGGUCGGCAGAGCAGGGCACAGUUGCCUUUCCAAAGUGGCUCCAAUGUGGACCUGCUUCAAAGGAAACUCAGAGACCUGGAAGAGGAGAACCUCUCUCUCCGUUCAGAGGCGAGUAAUCUGAAGUCAGAGACAGAGACAUAUGAAGAGAAAGAGCAGCAGCUGGUGAACGACUGCGUUAAAGAGCUCAGACAGUCCAGUCUGCAGAUCUCCACCAUAGCUGAGGAGCUCACCAGGAAGACGGAGGAUGCGGCUCGGCAGCAGGAAGAAAUCACGUACUUGCUCUCGCAGGUGGUCGACUUGCAGAAAAAAGCCAAAACGUGUGCCCUGGAAAAUGAGGAACUUUCUCAGCAUCUGGUGGCAGCGAAAGACGCCCAGAGGCAACUCACGGCCGAGCUUCAGGAGCUGGGUGAAAAGUAUCUGGAGUGUAUUGAGAUGCUGCAUGAGGCUCAGGAAGAGCUGAAGAACCUGCGCAACAGGAAUGUGUCUGGAACUCCGCGACGUUUCCAUCCUCUUGGACCGUUCCCUAUGGACUCUCUGGCCGCUGAAAUCGAGGGCUCUAUGAGGAUGGAGUUGAGUCAUGAGAACCCUGAACAGAAUGAGCAAAACGUGCGUCAUAAGCGUGUGUUCGAGACGGUUAAAAAUGUUAACCAGUCAGUCAGGCAACGCUCACCGGCUCCGUCGUCUGCUAAUAUCCCAGGGUCCAAUCAGACUUUCUCGUCCCUAAUCCUAUUCUCCGACAGCAACACUGACAGCAUGGCUGCCCUCGAUAACCGUGAACAGAGCAUGCUCCUGGAGGCGGAGUCGACAGAUGCCGGUUCUGGCGGUCCUGAAAAGCAUUUCGGCUCGGAUGACCUGAAGCUGGCACUGCGCCGGCUGUCACUGCGCAGACAGAACUGCCUGAGCGAGCGGCGUUACUUUGAGGAGGCGCGCGAGAGGAGGCACCGCGAUCCUCCACUUCAUGGCAUCGUGUCUGGAGAGAGCAUCAUGUCGCUGGGAAUAUGGCCAAGCCGGCCGUAUCUGCCAGACAAGCUACAGAUUGUCAAACCAUUGGAAGGCUCUGCCACGUUGCAGCACUGGCAGCAGUUAGCUCAGCCUAACCUCGGCGGUAUUUUAGACGCCCGUCCCGGUGUCGUCCCGAAAGGUUUCCGGCCUCUAGAACUCGACCUAGAGGAGGUCUAUAAUUACAGCGACUAUGAGGAAGAUGAGCCCGGAGAGCAAUACUUUCAAAACCUUCCCACCACCACCACUAUGGCCAAUCCUAUUCUUAGCCAUGCCCCCUCAGCCUCUCCGUCCCCCUGCCUCAGCACCGGCUACGCAUCUUCCGAGUUCUCACUGCAUUACCCGGGUAAGUGCAUGGCCCACACCAGUUCCACCUACACUUUCACCACCUGCAGGAUCCUCCACCCAUCUGACGAGAUUACCAGAGUCACCCCCAGUCUAAACCCAGCCCCGACCACCUCAUGUGCCAUGUCGUCCAGCCUUCGCUCCACCCCCGCGGCUACCCCCUGCACGCCUCGCCGCUUAAGUCUCUCCCAGUCCCAGUCCUUCACCAACUUACGUGACUCCACCAAGACCUUCAGCACAUCACUGGGGCUAGUGCGCCUACUACAGGAACGUGGGAUUUCCGCAGCGGUCUAUCAGCCACGUACCUGGGACAGGGCGAGCGGUGAUGUCUAUUUUUCCACCUCUGUCCUUCCUCAGUCAUCUCCUCUGGACUCUCAGAAACCCACCACUCCACAAAACUCCCCUGCUCGACAUACUCCAAGCCCCCAUUCCGUCGAUCCGGACAAUGCUGCUGACUACUCGUUCAAUAGCCCUUCCUAUGAAAACUUCCUAGCCUCUAAACCAGCACGAUCCAUUCUGAAAGAGGUGGCAGGAGGGACCCAGGCGAGGGAUUGUGAGAGCCAGACAGAUGUCAGCGUGUACAACCUGAACCUGGUUGAUAAGUUGAAGAGGCUGGGUUUGGCAAGUCCAGGAGCCAGUGGGAUCUCCGGGCCACGCCACAUACUGGGCCCUCUGGGUGGCUUGAGGAGGACGGGCUCUCCUUUUACGCCCCUAAACGAGGGAUUGAGGCGCAAUCGGAGCUACCCAGCCGUGGUUGGAGCGAGCAUGGCGAUGAAGGGCCCUGGGCCUCAAGCAGACGAGCUGAUCCUUGCACCAAAACUUCCCAAGCAGACUAGUCUCAAGUAGAUGACACACUGUAGACACCCAAACUACUGUAAUAUAUGUAUUUAAAUUUAUGUUUUACCCUCCACAAGCAAAGUCCUGCCUAUUUGCACUAGAGCGUUCUCCUGACUUGCUUAUUUUCCCAUAACCCUGUGUUUAUAUUCUGCACCUGAGCACCUAAAGCCAAAAGUCUAGCUUCCACACACAGCUUCUCCUACAUACACUUAGGAAGAAAUACGCAACCACCAAGCACUUAACACACAAAAUCAAUAUCAUUUGGCAUAAAUAAAGCAAUUUUACCUACACGGUGCAAGCUAAAGUAUGUGGACACCCGAUCUUCACGUUCUUAAACGUGUUGAACAUCCCAUACGAAAGCCAAGGGCAUUAUUAUACACGAUUUGCCACUGGAAAUAUCAAAACUCUUCCACUUUUCCUCUUUCCACUAAAAUUGUUGAGAUGUGGCUUUGGAGAUUUAGUCAGUUAUGUAAGUAAGUAAGAAGUCUGGGCUUAAGUUGUUGUUUGAAGGUGUUGGCUGUGUGAAGGACACUCAAGUUCUUCCAGUCUAACCCUAAACAUACCAUGUCUUCAUGGAGUUAGCUUGUACAGGGGCACACUCACAUGCUGAGCGUAACGUCAGGUGUCCACAAACGUUGGCUAUCUAUUGUAAAUAAGCAAUAUAGCAAUACUUUAAGAUAUUUUUAUGUCUAUGAUGUGCAGGAAUGACUUACAAUCAAGUCUCACAUAACACCUAUUAACAUCAAGUCCACAAAAUAUGAGCCAAUGAAUCGUGAAUGUAAAGCCACCGAAAUAAAUUUGGAAAUGUUA